CAUUCACAAAAAUGAUAAUAUUAUAGAUUCACUCUCUUUGAUGAGGAUUCGAAAAAACGCAAAGCUUUCCCCUCUUCUAUACACUUGUUCUUCUUCAUUGCUAAAAAAUGGUUCAUUUCCAGUUGAAACUUUCCAAACGCAUGUUUGUCAGCUUAACCAGUCUCCAUGGGAUGUGAUCCCCUUUCACUCCAAUAACUCAACCCAGUUCGAAGAUGAAGAUACCUUCAAAAUUGGGGAUUUCCAUAAAGCUUUUGAUGGAAGUAUUGCUUCGAUGAUGGAAACUGAAGAUUCUGAUAUUAAUAAACCUCGGAUAGAAAACUUAAAUACGACUGCGCUUAAGGAUGAUAAUACUAAGAAGGUGGUUAAUAGAAAUGGUGUUGACAAAGGUUUGAAGAAUGACAACAUUGUUGUGGGGCCGCCGCGACGUAGAAGUGUCAGACAGAAGAAGGCGGUUGGUUCGAGUUCGAAUAAUAAUAACAACGAAUUCUAUUAUUAUUCUGGAUUCGGUCCAUUUUGGGGAAAGAAAUGAGGUGAUAGUGAUGAAAAAAUGGUGGUAUGACAUUAGGUUCUAGUGAGGAUAAGGUUAAGGUUAAUGUUGGUGUUGGUGUUGAUGUUAAUGUUGUUCCUUGUUAUUCAGCAAUGGAUAUUGAGGGAUUGGAUUAUGUUGAUGAUUAUGAUUAUGAUGAUUAUGGUGAUGAAGAUAUUGGGAAGAGAAGAAUUAGGAAACCAAUGAAAGAAAGGUCACUAAAAUCUUUAAUGUGAAUUUUGAAGAUAACAUGUUUGUGAUUGUGCGUAGGUAGGAAUUGGAGAAAAUGAUUAUUGUUGUUGUUGUAAUAAUUUUUAUGAUGUUUAGGUUGGAUUAUGAAUCUUUAUCCCGUUUUCAAUAUUUAGGGUUAUGUUAUAAUGUUGUAUGAAAUAAAAUAAAAUCUUUCUUUCUUUCGGA